ACGGGAGCGGCUCGGGCUGCGGAGUCCCGGACCGCGCCUGGCGCGCCCCCCGCACCCUCGGCCUCCGGCGUUGAGGCGGGGGAGUAAGGAGAUGCCGACCCAGAGAGACAGCAGUACCAUGUCUCACCCAAUCGCAGGCGGCGGCAGCGGGGACCAUUCUCACCAGGUCCGGGUGAAAGCCUACUACCGCGGAGAUAUCAUGAUAACUCAUUUUGAACCUUCAAUCUCCUUUGAGGGCCUUUGCAAUGAGGUUCGAGACAUGUGUUCUUUUGACAAUGAACAGCUUUUCACCAUGAAGUGGAUAGAUGAGGAAGGAGACCCAUGUACAGUAUCAUCUCAGUUGGAGUUAGAAGAAGCCUUUCGACUUUAUGAGCUAAACAAGGAUUCUGAACUCUUGAUUCAUGAUUCACCCUUGCUUUUUUCUUUUUCUUUUUUAACUUUUAAUCUCUCUUCAGAAUCCAUCUACCGCCGAGGUGCACGCCGCUGGAGAAAGCUUUAUUGUGCAAAUGGCCAUACUUUUCAAGCCAAACGUUUCAACAGGCGUGCCCACUGUGCCAUCUGCACUGACCGAAUAUGGGGGCUUGGACGCCAGGGAUAUAAGUGCAUCAACUGCAAACUCCUGGUCCAUAAGAAGUGCCACAAACUUGUCACAAUUGAAUGUGGGCGGCAUUCUUUGCCACCGGAACCAAUGAUGCCCAUGGACCAGUCAUCCAUGCAUUCAGACCAUGCACAGACAGUAAUUCCAUAUAAUCCUGCAAGUCAUGAGAGUUUGGACCAAGUUGGUGAAGAAAAGGAGGCAAUGAACACCAGGGAAAGUGGCAAAGCUUCAUCCAGUUUAGGUCUUCAGGAUUUUGAUUUGCUCCGGGUAAUAGGAAGAGGAAGUUAUGCUAAAGUACUGUUGGUGCGGUUAAAAAAAACAGAUCGUAUUUAUGCAAUGAAGGUGGUGAAAAAAGAACUUGUCAACGAUGAUGAGGAUAUUGACUGGGUGCAGACAGAGAAGCAUGUCUUUGAGCAGGCGUCCAAUCAUCCUUUCCUUGUUGGGCUGCAUUCUUGCUUCCAGACCGAAAGCAGAUUGUUCUUUGUCAUAGAGUAUGUUAAUGGAGGCGAUCUAAUGUUUCAUAUGCAGCGACAGAGAAAACUUCCUGAAGAACAUGCCAGAUUUUACUCUGCAGAAAUCAGUCUAGCAUUAAAUUACCUUCAUGAACGAGGGAUAAUUUAUAGAGAUUUGAAACUGGACAACGUAUUGCUGGACUCUGAAGGACACAUUAAACUCACUGACUAUGGCAUGUGUAAGGAAGGAUUACGGCCAGGAGACACAACCAGCACUUUCUGUGGUACUCCUAAUUACAUUGCUCCUGAAAUCUUACGAGGAGAAGAUUAUGGUUUCAGUGUCGACUGGUGGGCUCUUGGAGUGCUGAUGUUUGAGAUGAUGGCAGGAAGGUCUCCAUUUGAUAUUGUUGGGAGCUCAGAUAACCCUGAUCAAAACACAGAGGAUUACCUUUUUCAAGUUAUUUUGGAAAAGCAGAUUCGCAUACCACGUUCUCUGUCUGUAAAAGCAGCAAGUGUCCUGAAGAGUUUCCUCAACAAGGACCCAAAGGAACGAUUGGGUUGUCAUCCUCAAACAGGAUUUGCUGAUAUUCAAGGACACCCGUUCUUCCGAAAUGUUGAUUGGGAUAUGAUGGAGCAAAAGCAGGUGGUACCUCCCUUUAAACCAAAUAUUUCUGGGGAAUUUGGUUUGGACAACUUUGAUUCUCAGUUUACGAAUGAACCUGUUCAGCUCACUCCAGACGAUGAUGACAUUGUAAAGAAGAUUGAUCAGUCUGAAUUUGAAGGUUUUGAGUACAUUAAUCCUCUUUUGAUGUCUGCAGAAGAAUGUGUCUGAACUUCUCAACUAUGCAUUUUGCUUGUGUUGCCAUUUAAUGCAUGGGUACACUUGUUAGCAGCCUGGAUGCAAUGAACCAUCUUAUAUUUUUCACCUACAAAACAGAGUAUUCAAUAGUUGUUGACUAUAAGAGUCAAUUAUUACAUCUCAGUUUAACUGUGAAAAAAAUUAGUUUCCAGGCAAUCGUGUCAAAAGUUGGUUACACUGGUAAUCCAGCAACCUACUGAUGAAUAAUAAAGUUGUCUUUUUUGUUUAAAGGAAAUACUUACCUAAAAAGAGUAUCUAUUGCAUUAAGACACAUGGUGGGAUUAUAUCAUGAGCCUCCCAUGAUUGUUGUCACACUAGUAAGUAAUUUAAGUUGGAAUAAAAGAGCAAUUCAGAACAACUUGCUUUAUUACCUAUUACUUUCUGAUGGUUUAAAAUUCAGCUGUAAAUUUUAUCAUUGCCUUGGAAAAUUAAAUUAUUGAUUUUUAAGGCAAUAGUUAUUAAAUUGGUAAUAAAAGAUGUCGCUUGCUUAGAAUUGGGGAAUAUAGAUUCUCCUUGAAAAAAAUAGGCACAUUUUACUAAGAAUCAGAUUCCAAAUCAUUAGCUGUUUUUGAAAAACUGAUUCAAGUUAUUUCUGUAGUAUAUUAGAGGGUUAGCUUCUUGGAUUGUCCCUUUAACCAGAACUUAACUGGAAUAUUAAUAAAUGUAGUUCCAAGGACCCAGGAUGCAGUUAAAUGGAACAUUUCUCAUAUAUUAAAAGGAAAAAAUUAGAAACUUAAAACAGACACAGAAAAUUAAACUGUAAUAUUUAUUUCUUAUUGGAGGGUAAAUCCCACGGUUGCUUUUUGUGAUUUUAUUUAAAUAAUAAGGAAGCACUCGUUACCAAACUUGUAAAAGCAUUCCGUUAUCCAGUGGACACAGAAUGUAUACGAUUUUUUCCUUGUAAUUUAGUAUACAGGAAAAUAAUUUAUCUUCCAAAUGGUGUCUUAACCUUGCUUGUUUCUUCUCCCAAACCACAUUAUCCAUACUUUUGGACCCUGUUUAUGGAGUCAUCAAUGAAAUCCAAGAAAAAUAAUAAAAUGAAUAAAUGUUCAGGACAUGCACAUAUAUUCACAUUCAUCACAGUUCCAGCUCCUUCAAUGAGUUUUUGUUAAGUGGGUAACACAUGUAAUCAGAAUAGAAUACAUUUCAGAGGCAGAGUUCUUCAGAUUAUAUUUUAUUAAUAUUAGUGUUUAACAAUUUAUUAUUUAAAGUGAUGCCAGUGAUAGCAUCCUUCUGUUUAUUUUUAAAUAUUUUUUUAUUAAAAGGGAUUUUAAAAAUAACCAUGAUCAUUUAAAUUACUUACAAUUGUCCAAUCUUAGUAAAAUGUAAUUUUUAGAAGAGCUAUCUAGUCUUAAAUUUAGAAUGAUUUAAAAUAUAUAGGCAUUUAAUAAAUUAUCUCUUUUUUUAGAUGCUGCAUUUCAUUUGAAAUGUAAUUUUUCCAAAGUUUCUGGCCAUGUACUCUCUUUUCUUCUAAUAACUAAGUCUGAAAGCAGUGAACACCUCAAAGGAAAUACAUUCACACAUUUAUUUAACUGGUGUAUGUGUUUCUCUUAAUACCUGAAACUUGUUUUAAAACAAAAAGCAGUAGUCACUUCAAAUCAUAAACUUUUAGAAAAUUCUGGCGUCUUAUGUCGGAAAUAUGUUUGUGAUCUUGCUUUUAAGUGGUACUGUUUCCCUUCGGGCAUUAGUAUCUCAGAUGUUAGAAUGUGGAAUAAUCACCUAGUAAGUUUGUUUAAAAUGCACAUUACUGGGCCCACCUUAGAAUUCUGUUGGGUCUUUGGACCUCAUUUU